UGUAUUUUCAUCAGUCUGUUUACGAAACUCUCAGCAAUCAUGUCUUUCCUCGGCAAAACCUACAAUUUUGUGAGCCAGGAGAAUUUUGAGGAAUUCGUGAAGGCAAUCGGCAUUCCCGAUGACAAGAUUGCUGCAGCCCUCAAAUUCAACCCCGGCUUUAAAAUCGAAAAAAAUGGUGACACCUAUGUGUUGUACACCAUCAGUGAUGUCGCCCCCAAAGAGGUCAGCUUCAAAUCAGGUGUAGAGUUCGAUGACAAAGUUGGAGCAGAAAACGUACCUGCCAAAAGCAAAAUCACCGUUGACGGUAACACAGUAACACAAGUCGUCAGCACCAAGGACUUCGGUAGCGGCACCCUGGUCAGGGAAUUCAAUGGCGAUGAAUGCGCUGUUACCAUCAAGUCAGACAAAUAUGACGGCGUUGCCAAGCGAUUCUACAAGGCUUAAGUUAGAUUUUAAUUGGAUAAGUUAUUUUUUAAAUAAAUAUUUUUUAUAAAAUUUAUA